CCGGAGCCGCGUGUGACCUUCCCGCCCGCGGAGCGAUGCUACCGGCGGCUCCUCGCUCCCUGUGGGGGCCGUGUCUCGGGCUUCGGGGUGCCGCGCUCCGCCUUGCCAGGCAACAGGUGCUGCGUGUGUGCGCUGUUCGGCUGAUGAGAUGCAGCAGCCAUCAACGGGGGGAGGCCCUCGCUGGUGCACCCCUGGAUAACGCCCGCAAGGAGUACCCCCCCAAGAUCCAGCAGCUGGUGCAAGACAUUGCCAGCCUCACGCUCCUGGAGAUCUCAGACCUCAACGAGCUCCUGAAGAAAACGUUGAAGAUCCAAGAUGUUGGACUCAUGCCAGUGGGUGGCAUGAUGCCUGGUGCUGCCCCUGCUGCGGGGGCAGCCCCUGAGGCGGCAGAAGAAGACAUCCCCAAACAGAAAGAACAGACACAUUACACCGUCCGCCUGACGGAGGCAAAGCCCGUGGACAAAGUGAAGCUGAUCAAGGAAAUCAAGAACUACGUCCAGGGCAUAAACCUUGUCCAGGCAAAGAAGCUGGUGGAGUCCCUGCCCCAGGAAAUCAAAGCCAACGUUGCCAAGGCUGAGGCCGAGAAGAUCAAGGCGGCCCUGGAGGCGGUGGGUGGCACUGUGGUUCUGGAGUAGGCCAGCUCAGAGGACUUGUGGACAGGGGUCCCUGGGACCUGGGCGAGGCGCCACCCGCUCCACCCCAGCACCCAGGCUCAGCUGACGGGAUCGGCCUUGGAGCAGAACUGCGGACCGGCACCACGUGGCCAACUCCGUUCUGGGGCAGAUGGAUGGACCUACUGAGAUGGAGAGGGAGGGGCGGCUGCUGCGAGCACCAGGGCAACAACUCCAGAACGCUCGAGGAGUUAACACGCGCUCCCCUGGUGGCUGCUGAGAAAAAUACAUUGUGCGGGCGCUGA